AUGGGGAUUGGAAGAAGGAUGUCUGGCCACCGGGGAAUCCUGGCUAUUCUGGGAGGGGAGAGGCGAGGGGGUGGGGAGGGAGCGGGCUGCAGGCAGGAAGUGUGCGAGAGUCUGAACAGGUCUCGGGGUGGAGUCAGCGGCGGCGAGAAGGCGGAAAACACAGUCCGGAGGGAGCGAGGCUGCGGCCGGACACCGGCGGCUGCGGAUGGCCGGCGGGCGAGGCUGAGCGGAGCCGGUGGAGGGGACGCGGGUCCCACAGGGGACCCGGGAUCGGCGCUCGGCGGCCGGAUGGACGCGCUGCUGCUCACCGCCAACGUGGGCUCCCUCUUCGACGAUUUGGAAGGUUUGCAAAUGAUCUGGUUACAGGAGUUUUAUCAGGCAGUGGCAAAGUACAAACCUCACUUCAUCGCUGUUCACUGUCAGGAGAUCGGAGGGAAGGACUAUGAAACUGGCAUGGUGCACGUGGGCACGUUUGUAGAUGGUAUCCUCUCCAGUAAAGAGAUGCGGCAGUACAACAGAGCCCGUGUGUACCUGGACGAGGACUUCACCGCUCAUAGCCAUUUCACGGCCUUGGGCAGCAUGUACUUCCUGCACGAAUCAAUUCAGACAAUUCACCAGUUCGAUUUUAAAGGCCAAGAGUUCAAGGAGGUGGUUGGGAAGGAGGUCCAUAAUGCACAUCUGGAAGGCAACAGCAUGAUUGAGAAGGAGAGGUUUCCACAGGACUUCUGGCCUGAGUGUAAGUGGUCUCGGAAAGGUUACAUCCGGACACGCUGGAGAUUCCAGGAUCAAGUCUUUGACCUGGUGAACAUCCAUCUCUUCCAUGACGCCUCUAAUCUCGUCGCCUGGAAGAGUCCGUCUAUCUUCUCGGGGAACAGGCGGAAGGCACUGGGCUAUGUACUCAGCAGGAUCACGGACACUCGCUACGAGAAGGUGCCGUUCCUAAUUUUCGGAGACUUCAACGUGCGGCUGGACACGCAGAGAGUGGUGGAGACCCUCUGUAGUCCUGCCACUGUACAGACUAUACUGACCAAUGACGCUGAAGAUGUGAAGAAGGUUCUCUUUCAGGAGAAGGACAAUGACCACAAGGUCCUGUUGAGGAUUGAAUCAAAAACCUUCGACUACUUUGAUCAAGAUGUUUUCCGAGAAAACAAUGGAAAAGCUCUUUUAGAGUUUGACAAGGAGCUGGCCACUUUCAUCAAUGAAAUCUGUGAACUUGACAUUCAGUUUCCACCAAGUUAUCCGUACAGUGAAGUCAACACUGAGGGAACGCUGUACGCCAAUACUCGUUGCCCAGCCUGGUGUGAUCGAAUCCUCAUGUCUCCAUCUGCCAAUGAGGUUGUCGUAAAGGGGAAGUAUGUGUAUGAUAUGAUGGGACCUGCAGUCUGCAUGGGCGACCACAAGCCAGUGUACCUGUACUUCCAGAUCGGCGUGUGACGACACAAGGUGGCAAGGGACCUCAACCCGCGAUACUCCGAUCUCCCCCGGCCAAUGGGAACCCUAGUGUCGACCGGCCCAAAUGUCGAGCAGUCUCUGAUGUUCACCCCAGAAAUCAGUAUAAUCAUUUGAAAGCUCAAAGUUUUGUUGAAUUCCGUCAAUACUUAACUGAUCACAUCCAUGUUCCUACUCCCCAGGAUUAUUCAGGGGUGAUCCGAGGUCCAGGGAGAGAGUUCCUGUCAGACAAUUCACAAAGAACAACUAGAAUUCCUUUAACCUUUUGGGUUUUGUACAGAGAAUAGUUAGGAGCAAGAGCUCGUUGUAGACACUUGCUGUACAUAAGCUUUAUUUAUCUUGGUUUAAAUUCCUCUCUCGGGUAAGGUGGGAAGUGGGUGAGGAUGCCAACCUCAAGCGGUAGGGUGUAUAAAUUCGGGAGCGCGAUCAAUGGGACUGGGAUUGGCUGUGAGAGUUGGACAUCGAUUCUAGGGCUUGGCAAGAGUGUGGUUCGAGGGAUCUGGGAGGGCUGGUGGUGUCAUGGCAACACCAGCCCCUCCUGAGACUGCACCUCUCCUGUCUUCGAAUAUCCAGCUAAUCGAUACAGGUCUCCACAGCCACUCUCUCUGUGCACACGUCAGGUGUAGAAGCUUCAAGAACAGGAAGGGGGAGGGGUCUGUUGCAAGGUGCAUGCGUCAGAACCCAGUGGGCAGCCAGUAACGUCCCACGGAGACCGAGCUUUGGUCAGGUGACCAGCCCAGCCUGUGGGAAACGUGCUUUGGUGUCUGACGUUGUCAGCAGCUGAGCUCCACAGGAACCCUUGUGGUUCACCACAUUGUUGUGGUUCCACUGUUCCAUGUCCACUUCCCCCAACGUGGCCUCUUCCCUCGCAAUUCAGGAUGGGGAGCUGUUUCUCUUUGAUCAUUUUAUAUCUCUGAUGCCCAAGCAUCUCUCUCCAACUCUCCCCUCCUCUCCCUCUCCUUUCCACUGCCCUCAAGUGCUGUUAAAUCCAGUUCUGAUGAUACAGAAAGGUUCGGUGUUUCUACCUCGGUUGGCGCUACCUGGGAGUGUUACCUGAUUGCCUCCUGGGACAACAGGGUCAUUGUAGAACAUAACGGAUUGCGCUGUCAGUCCAGUGCUGAACACUACCAGACUAAGACCCAGGCCUAAUCCCAGGUCAGUGAGGAUCGCUGGAGACUGGGAAGUGACUCUCCAUCAAGGAAGGUGAAGAAUGGCUUCAUCUGAUGAGAGUUGGGAGGUGGGUAAGAGGGAGCACUGUCCUUUUCUGUUCUUUUGGGGAUGAGGCUUUGCUGGCAAGUCCGAUAUUUAUCGCCUGUCGACUGACCUCUGCACAGGGAUUGAUCACGUUGGGGUUCAGGCAGUCCAAUUGCGUCGACUGAUAGAUGGGGGCGUCAUAGAGUCCGCACUGAUGCUACUUUAUUCUCCCCCCAUUCUAGCACUCACCCACAGACUGGGGCCAAUUUACCAGUCCAUUAACCUCCCAACUCGGACGUGGGAGGAAACCGGAGCACGCGGUCACAGGGAGAAUGUGCAAACUCCACACAGACAGCGCCCUGACAACAGUCAGGGUUGAGCCAGGAUCACUGACGCUGUGAAUGUCCUUUCAGUUCCAGCCUUCCCACCACACUCACCCCUUCCCUGCACUGACCUCCACUCUCCACCACCUCCACCUCCCCCCCCCCCCCCCCCCCCCCCCCCCCCCCCCGCCCAAUCUAAUUGGUCCAAGGCCUGGAUCUCCUGCCAGUUCUGGCCUACCCCUGGUGUCUCAGCUGAGUUCAGACAGGACCACGGCAACUGUUAGUUCAAGGAGAACUCUUUCCUCUUCACCCCCCCCCCCCCCCCCAACUCACCGGGUGUGCUGCCCGCUUGGAUCUCCUGAUCCAUCCAGGCGGGCAGCACACCUGGUGAGUUGGGGAGGGGAGGUUGGGUGGGCUUUGGGAGAGAAGCAGCUGAGAUGCCUCUUCCGGGCUGCUAUCUGCCGCUCCUGUGGCAGCGUGUGCGGGAUAAUGGGUGAUGGGUUACAGUGGAGCUGUGGGAGAAACAAUGGGGUGACUGGGCCAGUUAUCCCAGAAACCAGCGGUGUUUUGGGGGAGAUGGAGGAGAGCGGGGAGAUCAGAGUCUGAUCACUGGUUCAGGUUUUGUACGUUUUAUAUAACAUUUGUAGCAAUGUUAGUGCCUCGUGUGUGGACGCUGUGUCCACUUUACGUCUUGGCUUUGUAAACAAAAAACUGAAAUAAAUUCUGGUGUGAGCCUUUCUGCAGAA